AUGGAGGAGAAGUUAGAUAGGAUGUUUUUGAACGUCACAGCCACGGGUAAGCAUUCUUGGGCACCUUCAUCUGGUGUACUUCCAGUUGAAAGUGAUGAUGAUGUCGAUCCACUUGAAGUUAAUGAUGGAUCGAAUGAGUCUGUGCCAAUUGAAACCACUCACACUACAAACAAUGUGCCAAAAAAGAGAACUAAUCAAUCACUUGAAAUUCAAGAUAAUAAUGAGAAGAAAGGUAAAGGAGGGGGAAAAAUGGGUGGUGCUGCAAAAUUAUCACAGCAAAUUGAACGUCUUGUUAAUGUGGUUGAGAGUAGGAGUACUGGAACAUCAAUGGCUAAUACAGUUUCACAAAGAACUUGUAUUGCUGAAGUGAUGAAAGAUGUUGCAACUUUACCUAGGGCAGAGCGUGGUAGCAAGUUGUGGUGGUUUGCAGCUAAACUGUUUUGUGCUUAA